AUGGCUGGCCUGACCUCCUUGCAGCGCCUUGCCGUGCCAUGCUGCGGCUGCUGCGAUGGAGAUGGGGCGGCUGGGGCGAGCGCCGAAGCAGGGGAUCCUAAGCGGAGCAGUGCAUCGCAGCGGGCGGCCCACCGUUCCGGGCAUGAAGCGCCCGACAAGGAACUGCUCCGCCUCUUGCGCUGUCCGGAAGGAUUGCGCCGCUGGCGCCAACUGCAGGCCGGACGCGGUGGGUCGGUGCUUGAGUGGGGCGCAGCGCUGGGAGUCUGCGCCAGGCGGCAGCUGUGGCCCGAUGCCUUGACGUUGAUCCAAGAGAUGCCCAAGAUGGAGGUGCUGGAAUGCCGUUCUGGCCGCCUGCGAACGUGGAAGAGCUUGGAGUCUUGGAGCCCUGCCGGCGUCGCCUGGGGAACCAACCACCUAAGUGGGUCAUUGCCACCAUUGGCAUCUCACAAUCACGGGCAGGGACAGGGAGUCGGAGAAGCGCUCGACCAUCCCGCCGUGCUGGCUGUGUGA